AUGAUUUCCCUGCCGAAUAAAACUGAUAUUCGGCAGUGUAAGGAAAUCAACGUUAAUCACCUGAUAAAUCAGUUACUAGACAGACUAUUUUCAACCGCUAUGCCCAAUAUCACAGUUAUUCGGCAGUACCUGCCGAAUAACUAA